AAACCUUUCCUCAUUCCUCCCUCCUCACUCUCCCCCCCUCUUUCUGGAUCCCUCCUGCCGAUCCAUUCCUCAAUCCACGUCGAGCGACUUACACCAGUCGCCCGCCGCAGAUUCUUCGUUCAAACCCGUCUGCUGUCUAGAGGGUUUUUGCAUGGUUGGCCGCAUUCUUGCUUUCUGUACUUGUUAAGCCAGCGGCCUUGAAGAUGCUGUCUGCUCCGGUCAAGUCCGCCAAGCGCAUCUCGUCCCUGUUUUCCCUGGGGUCCAACAGGGAUAGCUCUAUUCCAUCAUCGCCUGCAUCUCCGAACCUUCCGAAACCCUCCUCCCCCGACCAGCUGCCGCAGGAUGCACGCCCGCGAAGCGCCUCCCGACCCAUUCGUGCAGUCUCCAACCCUCAAAGCGACUAUGCAGACGCUCGGACGCCCGUAUCCCCCAUCCCCAACGAUGGCUUCGACUUGGAUGAACCGCUGCAGCCACCCCCGUCGCUACUGGCUGUGAACCAGGACCUGGCCAACAGCGCUCACAACUCUCCAGAUGGCAGGCCCCAGAGCAGAGGUCGCGGAAGAAGUGGCAGUCGACCCUCCAGUGCCGCGGGUCUAUUUGUACCCGGUUCAGGUCCCGAUUCGCGCCCCGGAACCCCUUCAUCUUCAUCGAAGAGACGGAGCUGGAUGCCUGGACGGGCGCGCGCGAGCUCUGUAGAUCCCCGACCGGCCACUACCACUGCGGGACCCAGUGCCUGGAUUGCCGGGUUGGAACAAAAGAUCCUCUACGAUCUGGAGCCUUUGGCCCGGGGAGACCAGAUUCCCGAACUCUGGAACGAGAGUGGUGAUACCUAUGUCUAUCUGUUCCCCCAGAACACCGGCAGACCUGCCUCCUUCAAAGUCCACCGCACGGUUUUUGUUGAAUCACCAUCACUACGUGAUUUGGCUGUAAGCAACGAUGUCAGAAAUCUCAACGCCCUCGACCAACAGACUCGCACAAUGUCGUUGAGCAGCCCCGUGGCUGGUCCGGGUUCGCCUCCGUUGACACCUCAGGAUCCCUUGGCCGAAAAUGACAACGACAGCUCCGGUAGCAGGAGAAUGGCGUAUAUGGAGGAUGACGGCCAGGAUGAGUUCCAGGAGUUCCAUCUCUAUCUUCCAAUUCCCUUGAACAGCGACGUGUCCAGCCCCAGUAGUCGGAUCUCGCAGGAGGACACCGAAACCCUCCUUUUGUUCCGCAACCUUUUUGCAUUCCUAUUGGGACAAUCUUUGAUCGCCACCUCCCGGUCACCCUCGCUCUUUUCGAUCUUCAUGGACGUCGCUACACUGCUGUCCCGGUUUGAGUUUACCAACUUCGAUCAUACCAAUUUCGGCGAGACGGCAACUACCAGUUUUGGAAACUACUGCGAGGAGCUGAGGCUAGCUGAUGUGCGGAAGAGUCGCGAGAAGACCAUCGAGGCUAUUGUUCUUGGAGAACGACUCCGCUUCUUCCCCCUCUAUCUCGAGGGAUUCGUGCAUGGAGUCGGUAAGCUGGACGAACUGAAGCAGCUGAGAAGCCCCAAGUAUGGCCUCAUCAGCCCUGUCACGCAGAAGCGACUGGAGCGUGGUUUCAUCGACCUGGAUACUCGUCUGCGUGUCCUGUACAGUAAGCUUGAUGACUUCGAUUUCCCUUCCGUAUUCUCCGGUUUCGCCAACUCGGCUACUUCGGCCGAAAGCAAGGUCGUGCGGUUCAAGAACUGGAAGAUCGCAUUUAUGGAGUUCCGGCGAUUCACCAUGCAGUACUACCGGCAGAAGUACGGCUCGUGGCCGCCCAAAGCACGCUCCAAGAAGAAUCAGUUCGAAGAAAGCGGACUCAAUCGCCAGGUUGUCCGGGAUCUCUACAAUGACUUUGCUAACCUUUACGACAUGCUGGUCGAUCGUAACUCCCUAACCACUCGGACACUGGACAUGGCUGCGGAAGGAUCUGAAACGUCGGACCCUGAUGAAAUGAUGACCCGGGCCCUCCGACAGAUUAUGAGCGAGUACGAUCGGAGUACACCUCCUGUCCAGCCACCAAUUCCUUUUGACAUUCCGCAAUACCCCUCACUGCAGGCCCUGGAGCGGAAGCCCAUGGAUGCUAAGAAGGAGGCCAAGAAGAAGGCCAAGAAGCUCAAGGACGCAGACAUCAACGCUGUGCUCAUGGACUCGUAUACACGGGAGGCUCUGAAGCCCACGCCCUUCAUCGAGGCCUUCAUGCAGUUCGAGCGUCGAUGCGCCCACGGAAAGACUGUCAACGACAUGAUCGAUUUCCGGUGUGGCCAAUGGAUCUUCCUCUACUGUGUUAUCCAAUCGCUGCCCCUUGUCGUUGUUGAUGUUCAGGACGUCAAGUACGUGGAUGGGGUGGAGUACUUCCUCUGUAUUGCCCCUCGCGGCGGUGCGCCCUGGAUUGGCGGCGAUAGCAAGACCGCGCGCAGCUGGUUUGGUGUCGCAGGUGGAGCUGGUGUUGUUAGUCUGCCCUCUGACGUUGUGAUCAACGGAGUAGAGGGUAUCUACCGACGCAGUCACUGCUGGCAAGUGGCCGAGCAGUGGGCAGAGAAGGAUGCAAUCUUGGCCCCUCCGACCAUUGAAGAUCCAUACGACAACGAGUCGUCCCUUUCUUCCCCUUACCAGGCGCAACAGUCGUCGGCAGAUUCGUCCUCCGAACAGCCGCAGCAGCUGCAGCAGCAGCAACAACAGGGACAAGGGACUCCCCUCAUGAGCCCCACUGGCCUCACACCACCACCGGCUAUUCCCCGACUGAACUCUCCUGGUAUGAACCGGAGGGCGGAACAUCGUCAUUCGAUCUACCCCGGUCUUGAGGCUCUGCCGCUACCCAUGGGCGUAGCCCCGAUGGAAGCCCCGGCUCGGCCCAUCAGUCGGUUCAACCCCAACAUGAGUUUUGACGAUAUCCUCAAACAGGUUCCCAACCAGAAGAAGAAAUAAAAAAGUGCUGCGUCUUCGUGUGUGUAUAAUGUCUUUAGGGGGACCCUGC